UAAUUAACUGAUUUGUGGAGGAGGAGCUGAUGAAAAUAGAGUAAAGUUAGUUUAAGGUCUUCCCCUCUUCUUCUCCCUUUCUCUCUCCUUUUCGCUGACAUGUCCCAGCGACUGGUGGAGUAUCUGGUCAUAGUCGGCCCUGGAGAGGUCAUCUCCACUCCAGAGAUACCCUCGCAGAAUGUGCUGGAUGAUAUGGUUACUAAAGUCGACGUGAAGCCUAGAGUAUGCCAGAGAUUUCCAACAGAGAACAGAGCAAGUGGAUCUCUACCUGCUGGCAUUGAAUUGUUUUGUCGUUCGCAAGGAUGGUGUCUAACCAGCCACCCUCCUCCUCCCUCCUUCAAUAACUUUAUCCUCACGAGCGAACUCGGGAGCCAUUUUUAUUGCUGCUCUCUCAAUUUCCAUCAGCCGAGCCUCAAGAUGGCUGCCAGACGGAAGCAAAGAGAACAGCAGGAGAGAGGAAGCUCAUUAAGGAGAAAUACUGGUGAAUCCUCACAGUUUAGUGACAGGAGACGGAAAGCGUUCAAAAAGAAAGAAGAAGAGAACGGGCACGACUCCUCAACCAUAAGCAUGUCCUCCAUUACUAUUAGCAUAGACGAAGAGAAUGAGCCUCACUAUACUCUUGGAGGGAUAAUAGAAGCAGAGGAACUAUCAGAACCACUCUCAUUAUGUCUAGUAGCUAAAUAUCCAAUUUAUGACGCAUUACAGGUUCUAUUAAAAAGUAUAUACAUUCACCAUGUGAUGGGCGACACACUAGACAAGUUUUCAUCUUCACAGCUUCCUGUCUCUCCUCACUCUACUACAAUGGAGGAGCUAAUAUCCGAAUUACUCAUUGACCUUCGGUUCCCUUUGCCAGGGAAACCACUCGUGAAGCGUAGCUUUGGUCCACUCAAGGAACUAACUUUAGUGCCAUUGAAUAUAAUGGAGACAAUACCGUAUACUUCAGAUAAUACUUAUAGACUGUUGAAAGCUAUUGGUGUCCAUGGCCUGUUACAGUUAUUUUCAUUGAUCUUGGUUGAUGGGAAGUUGCUGUUUAUUUCUUCUAGUAUCACUGCCAUCACUUCAGCCAUUAUCAGUGUUGUGUCAUUGAUGUAUCCAAUUGGGAUUGAUCAUUUCUCUUGUCUCCUGAUUCCAAGUGGUUUUGUUGAAUACCUUCACUGCAUUACCCCAUUCUUAAUGGGACUUCAUCGCUCAUUACUAGUAGAACUGGAUGAAGAGCCACUAGAUGUCACACUAGUUGAUCUUGACAGUGGGGAGAUUAGGUUUGGCGAAACGGUUGAGCUACCUAUUAUACCUUCAGAUCUGCUCACUCCAGUCAAAACUGCUCUCAUUAAAAUUGUUGAUCCUUCAUGGGAGCAUAAGGAUCUAUUAAUAGCUCCUGUCAAUAAGCCGAGAAGCAUCUAUUAUCAGGAUAAAGCUGUGCGGUCUGUUUUCAUAAACGUGUUCCUGUAUCUACUUGGCACUUACCAGCAUCAUGUGACGGUUGUUAGAUUUCAUCCUGAGCCAAAGUUUCAUUUUGACAAGGAGAGCUACAUUGCCCAGUUCUGUAGUGGGGAUGAUAGUGAUGUCUGGAAGGCAUUCAUUAAUACAGUAACGGAGACAAUUGGUUUUAUUAAUUUCACUCGAAAUAUGAGAGUUCUUCCUUAUAGACUUUGUGACUUGUUUGAUGAUCUUGUGAAGGAUUUCAUGUCUCAGACUUCUCCUAUCUCAAUAUCUUCUCUCUUCAGUCAGUCGGCCAUUAGUGACCUCACAGACAAACUGACCAAACUGUGUCCCCCUACUGUUCAGUUUGGUGGCGUGUUUAAAUCAGAGACCAAGUCCCUCCCACUUGAGAAUAACAUACCAAUCAAGAGGUUUCCAUAUCUUGACGAGGAGAGCAUUACCAAGCAGUGCGCUGAUCUUGAGUUGAGGUGGAAAGGAGCUGAAGAAGCUAAAAUGGAGGAUGCAAUGAGUAAUGUCCCUUUGACUGAGCAGGAUUUCAUUCCAAUGCUCUCAACUCACAGGCGAGUCUCUAACUCCCUAAUGAGAGACGUUGAGCUACUCCACAAGUUUCUUGAUGCUCUCUUCAGCUCUCGGAUCCUCGAGGCUCGGAAAUACUUUCCCUCCGUUACCAUGUCCCUUCGUCAGAGAGUGACCACGCCUAUUUUUAUUCCGGAGCUCGUGAAUAAGUUGAUGAGGAACGGGGCCUACCUCUCACCGGAUCAGUUUGAGGUGAUGGUCCGUUUGGUUAAUUGUGCACUUGUUGAUGAGAAGAUAGCAAUGCAGAUACUACCAUUGACAUCUGUCUUUUAUCAGGAGAUACAACCAGGAGUCAAUCAGUAUCUGUACUCCUGCAUACAGUCACACAGACUCUGGCAGAGCACGAGGUUUUGGUGUCAUUCAUUGUACAGUGCAAUACAAGCUGAACUGGUCAGGCUCUACGCUGACGUACCUUUCAAGAAAGAAAAACCAAAGUCUAUUGAAGAGGAAGAUGAAGACCUUGAUGUAUCUGGUGAGAGAGAAGAUGAGUUUGAUAAUGUAGAGAUGUCACUAGGUGAGGUGACCCUUAGACACCGGCAGAGGGUGAGGAGUGUGUCUCCUUCUCGUGCCCGUAACACAGCAAGGAACGUAGUCAUGAGCAAGAGUGCAAGGAUGAGGAUAAGAGCAUGUACUACUCUACCAGGUGCUUCUGAGGGUGUCCUCCCGCCUGAUUCUAAACCAGUUACUUCUUAUGAGGCACUCCAUCAUCUGGCUAAGAGGUUGUGUGUUUGGCCUUCAUUGGAUAACAGUGAGAAAGAGAACUUUUCACUACAAGAAGAGAAUGCUAUAAGGAAUCAAGUUAUAUUAUUCAUCAGUCGUCUCAUUAACAUCAGAACUCCUGUUGAUUUUAUGGGAGGUGAGGCUGAGAUGAAGCAGUUUUCUGAUGAUCUGAAGAAGUUCAUUGACAAAUUUAUGUCAGAGGUAGACACUGACCUUCACUUGACAUACAGGAAGCAAUCAACCAUAAUGGACCAAGUGGAGCCUCUCAUUGAAGUACAUUUUAAUUCGCUGGAGAGUCUAAGAAGUGCCUUAAAGAAAUCAUCAACUGCAAAGACGAGGGUGGCUCCCCUACCCAAGCUGUCAGGGGAGAGGAUGAUAAUAGAGGGUAUUCGUUCGUUCUUGCUACGUGACGGCAGAGACACCGGAGGACGUCUUGUACCAGCUCACGGUCACGUGUACCUUACUAGCUAUCGCAUUGUGUUCCUGGGGUCUCCCUGGGACCCUGAAGUUGAUCCUAAUGUACUAGUAACUAGAAGCAUGCCUAUAUCAUCAAUAUAUCGAAUGAAGGAGCUCUCACACAUUCCGUCAGGGCUCAGUGAAGGAUAUGUCACUUUACAAGGACUUCAGCUAAGAUCACUAACAGGAGAAUUGAUAAGAUUAGGUUUUGAAGAGGACUCAAGUCUUGCUGAUGUCAAAAAACUCCUCUCGAAGCUAAACGAGUUACGAUACCCUCUAUCAAUAACCAUAGGGGUACACGAUCAGAGCAAGUUCCAAGUUGUUCCCGAGAGUGGCCCAGAGCUAAAGGAGACUCAGAAACAAAGAGGGAGGACAAGAGUCUCCUCACAAGAAUUAGAAUUAAGCAUCACAAAGCAAGGCGUGGCCCCGACACAGAUCAAGUUACUCUCUGAUCUGUCCCAGUCCCCUUACUGUAUCGAGUAUGAUAGACUGGGUCUGGGGAGUUUGAAUUUUAGUGUGUCUAAGAGCAGGGGGCAGUGGAGAUUGAGUACUAUUAAUAAAUCAUUCACUUUGUGUGAAACUUAUCCAGCUGUUUGGGUUGUUCCUGAUAAAUUCAGCGAUGAGUCCAUUACAAGGAUACUCCCUCACUUCCAGCAGGGGCGGGUCCCCAUAGUAACCUGGAAACACCCCCGUACCAAAGCAAUCCUCCUUCGCUCCGCCUCCUUUAAGAACCCUGUGUCACAGGGGAAGAGCCGGAGAGUCAUUCUUACUAAACAUGGCAGCUCUGAGAAGAUAUCAGACUCUGACCUGUUAGGCAUUCAAAGUGCAGAUAUUGAGUCCUUUAUUAAUGUCACUGUCAGCUCCUGUCCUAAAGUAUUGGAUAGAGGGGAAGGUGAAGAUGUUACCUACUGGUCCGGCAGUUUCUCACACGACGUCUCUAUGCCUCCAACUAGCCUGAGGUUUGAUCACGAGUCCGACCCGUCCACCUCUUCUUUACUACUGGCAGCAUUACCCCCACAGUCACCUCAGUCACCCUCCCCACACUCACCUGUACCACAAUCACCUCACUCCCCAGUGCCUAAGAGAAGAAUGAGCACCAGUAGUAAUAACUUUGAGCCGCCCACAGGAGGAGGAGGGGGAGGGAGAGAGGGUCGGUAUAGGAACUCACUCUAUGCCUCUUUGGAUAGUUCUGAUCCGUCUCAAAUCUUAGACUGGGAGAGUGGCAGCUUCCGGUAUAGUGUUUCAUAUCACGAAGAUGGAGCUGACUCAGGACAGCCUCUUACUCUCUCAUCUGUAAGGAAUCAAUCUGACGAACCAGUUUCCCUAAUGCCACUGACCAGUAUACCAUCACUGUAUCGGGACAGUGUUGAAGAGGAGGAGCUUUACAGAGGAGAUAGGGAGGGAGGGAGUGAUGAUGUAAGUAUACCAUUUGACUCACCUGAUCUUGGAGGAGGGGAUGAGCUAAUGGAGACUGAUGAGCUCUAUCCUCUGCCUUCCUUUAGAGAAGGAUCAGGUGGGAAGGGCAGCAAGAAACUAAAGAGAAGGAGUGCUCUUGUUAACUUUGCUUCAAUACCCACUAACCCACGGGAUUGGGUCGUUAUGGAUGCACUCCAGGAAGAGAUUAAAGACUGGAAACUAUUGGGACUCUAUGUAAUAGGAGAGAAGAGCUCACUUGUUAAUGUACCUACUGAUAUAUAUCCCAACUGUACACUCCUGCCUGUAGAGAUAUCAAGUCAUGUUGAUAUUGGUAAUAGUUUCACUAAGCUGAUGCGUGCCUGCUGCCCCAGUGGCGCCUCUUCCUCUACCACGCAUCAGAGCAAGUUCUAUUCACUAGUUGAGGACAGCGACUGGAUAAACCAAUUGAGUUCAUUACUUCAGUUAUCUGGAGCUGUUGCUGAUCUUAUGGACGCACAGGGUUCUUCUGUACUAGUUGGACUGGAGGAUGGUUGGGAUGCCACUGCACAAGUUGUAUCUCUUGCCCAGUUGCUGAUGGAUCCUUAUUACAGAACCAUGAAAGGUUUCUGUGCCCUCAUUGAGAAGGAAUGGCUGGCAUUGGGUCACCCAUUCACUGACAGGAGCUGUCAGAUUCAGAGCUCCAGUGGAGCCAUAUCUCCUGUAUUUCUGCAGUUCCUUGAUUGUGUCCAUCAGAUACAAAGGCAAUUCCCUCUCUCUUUUGAAUUUAAUGAUUUCUUUCUGAGAACGUUGGCAUAUCACUCCUUUUCCAAUCGUUUCCACACAUUCACAAUGAACUCUGAAAAGGAGAGAUGUGCCCAGAACUGGCUGCCAUACAGUAGCCCCGCCCAUCUACAAUGUAUGGUGAUUCAGGCUCAUCAGAGCCGUAAUGCCUCAUUCUGGGAGUAUAUUGAACAACUCUGGGGACUCUCAAUGAUGUUUUAUAACUUUCACUAUCAGCAGCCGAAAGAAGAGGAGGAAACUGAAAUGCUCCGCCCUCAUUCCUAUCAGGCUAAUCUUGAUAUAUGGGUGUUCUACACCGAGGACCUCAUAUCAAGGUUCCCUCCUUAUGAUAUUGAGUUGAUAUCUGAGGGUCACCUGACGUACAGUGACCUUCAUCAUGACGUGUUUGCUUGGGACAGCUCUUUGGUGGAGAUUGGGUUACCUAUUGACCCACCACCAGAAGUAUCUAAUGAAAUAACAGACCUACUCAAACAAUGUACAGGUUUAUGGAAUACAAUUGCUAAAGCCACUGGUUCGGAUUUAGUCACGUGGCAUGAGAUGUGGAAUGGAAUUUUAGAUCUACAUGCCCAAGAGGAAGAAGAGAGAAAGAAUAACUUUGAAUCACUCCAAAAUGCUGUGACAUCACGUUUCAAUGUGGAGGCCUCAUAUUUUAACCCCGAAGGAACACUCACUCAUAUGGAAGGGACUCUGACUCAUAACGACAAAGUCAAGAACCAAACAAUGCAUAAGAGAACCUCACUUGCCGUUUUAGUUAAAGGUAAACUGUCGAUGGAGCUGGAGAAGAAGUACAAUGAGCCCCAUAGUUUCCAAUCCUUUAAAGUUGGCUCUACACAGUACGAGUGCUCAUACUGUCACCACAUCAUCAGAGAUAAAGACGCAUUCAAGUGUAAGAAUUGUUCCGGUACAUGUCACAAUUACUGCAAGCGACACAUGCCCUCGAAUUGCGGGACCCUCAGUCUCAUUGGCGGAGGGAGACAACAGCUGACCACACCUAUUCCUGAUACACAUAUUCGUGCAAGAUCAAGUACAAUAGGCAGCAUGAAGGAGAAGAUUAUCGGUAGACAGAAGGUAGACGGACAGAUUGAACUUGAGGGAUUCUUGUUUAAAAAAGGAGGCGUGGUCAAGAACUGGAAAGAAAGAUACUUUGUGCUCAACCUUGAGAAGGGAAAUUUGGCAUAUUAUGAGAGCGAUAAGAGAGGAGCUAAACUCUGUGGUACUAUAGCACUUGAGGCAAUCAGUAAAGUUGAAGAAUGUGACCCUAUUGUUGUACCUUCGACUAUUCUUAAGUCUGGUCAAGUUGGUUAUUUUUUUAAGCUUACCACUAACAGGAGAGUGUUCACAUUAAUGACUUUUAGAACUUCAACUAGAUCACAGUGGAUCAGAAAGUUGACUGACUCUUCGAAAAGAUUUUCCAAAAAAUAGAAUAAAUAUUUUAAUCUAUAAUAGUUGCUAUUAUUAUUAUUAUUCAGUCUCUGUCUUGAAAAUGCAGAAGUAUUGAUCAUUAUUAUUACUAUUGAUUGUAAUUUUUUUGUCCCUGUACUAAUUUUGUGUUUUGUCAUCUGAUUAUAUUGACAUUGCAGUGCAGUAUCACUCAAAA